AUGACUUCAAUCUUAUUUAACAUUAUUACAGCCUUUAUCAUUUCUUUUAUGGGCAUUAUAAUCUAUCGAUCCCAUAUAAUGUCCUCCUUACUAUGCCUAGAAGGGAUAAUGUUAUCCAUAUUCAUUUUAGGCGUAACUAUCAUACUAAACUCCCAUUAUAUUUUAGCUUUCUCCACACCCAUCAUCCUCUUAGUAUUCGCCGCCUGCGAAGCAGCUGUGGGUCUCGCACUAUUAGUAAUAAUCUCAAAUACAUAUGGUAUUGACUACGUACAAAACUUAAAUCUACUACAAUGCUAA